AUGUCCAAAGCUAUCUCAUCUUUGUUCAAAUUAGUUAACCGGGCAAUUAUUUUACCUACGGCGGGGUUUACACUGGGCAUUGGUGCAUUUGUAAAGGCAUGGCCUGAUGAUGCUGGUGUCCUAUCAUUGAAUGAUCCGCAAACACCGGCGGAGUUGCUCAGUGCAACAAAAAGUCGGCAGCCUAUGGAGCUUCAGAGAACAGAUAUUCUUGCGCAAGUCGAAAGAAGCGAAGCGUACAAGAAAUUAGUCGAGGAUGAUAGUAUGCACCAUAUUCUCUUCAGUGAGAAAAUACCAAGCGGACAUAGGAAAUACCAUGUGGGGCAAGGCCUCUUGUUCGGAAAGGGCAGGCUUGAAAUUGAUCCGUUAGUUUUCCAUGACCUAAAUCGUGGUGAAGUAACCGUGAUUUACCAUUUAGGCGCAGAGUUAGGGAACCAGGACGGUAAUGUUCAUAAGGGUUUAUUGUCAUUGCUACUAGACGAAGCGCUGUGUUAUUGUGGCUUCCCUCUGUUGCCUAGCAAAAGGGGUGUAACGGCGCGAUUGUCGGUAGAGUUUCUUGAGGACAUUCCCGUGGAUACUACCAUUACGCUGAAAGCUAGUGUCAAAGAGGUUAAAGGUAGAAAGUGCACCAUUGAGGGACACUUGGAAGAGUUCGCAUCAGAAACACCUUCGAAAAAAGUGAGAAAAGGUUGGAACUUAUUCGGUCGUUGGGGUUCCAGUGAGAAGCAUGAUAUUCCAAAAAAGUUUGCCAAGGCCAAUUGCAUCCUUGUUGAACCUACCUGGUUCAAAUAUUUCAAAUGGCUUGACAUGUUUUGA